UCUCACUAUUUUUCUCAUCCUUCAUUAACCAAUUAUCUCAUUCAAUACUGAAAAAUGGGUUCAAAGAAAGCAAUCCUCAUUCUAGGCCUCUUGGCCGUGGUUCUUCUUAUCGUUUCAGAGGUCGCAGCAAGGGACUUAACUGAGGCUUCCUCUGAUUCCAAAAAAGCUGAGGUUGUUGAGGAGACAAAUGAAGUGAAUGAUGCCAAAUAUGGCGGCGGAUACUCUGGUGGUGGAGGCCGUGGUGGGGGUUAUGAUCCUGGCCAUGGAGGUCAUGGUGGUGGUGGCUACUAUGGUGGUGGUGGUGGUCGUGGUCAUGGUGGACGCGGAGGAGGAGGAGGAAGAGGAGGAGGAGGAGGAGGGUAUUGCCGCCAUGGCUGUUGCGAUCAUGGAUACCGUGGAAGUUGUAGAAGGUGUUGCCAUUACGCUGGUGAAGCUGUGGCUGCUCAAACUGCGGACAAGACUCAAAACUGAUCAUAUGGUGCAAUUCUUGAUGCAACAUGAUCUAUAUAUGUUAGUUGAAUAAAUGAUCUUGUGUGAGAGUGGCAUUGAUAGACAGUGAGGAAGCUCAUCUUCUCUUCAUAUGAUCUUUCUUAACUUGUCCUAAAUAAUGUUCUAUGUUGUUUUUAACGUUGUAAUCAUCGAUCCAAGUAAUUUCAUGUGUUGCUUAUCAUAACAAAUAAAAUUAGUACGUAAUAUAUAUCAGGUGUUUGGAUA